UGUGAGAUACCAUCAUCAAUCACCAUGGGCAAGAUCACCCUGUACGAGGAGAGGGGCUUCCAGGGUCGCUCUUAUGAGUGCAUGAGCGACUGUUCUGACUUUUCCUCCUACAUCAGUCGUUGCCAGUCCUGCAGGGUGGAGAGUGGCUGUUUCAUGGUCUAUGAGCGUUCCAGCUACAUGGGCAACCAGUUCUUCAUGAGGAGGGGCGAGUACUCCGACUUCAUGCGUAUGGGACUGGGUGACUCCAUCCGCUCCUGCCGUAUGAUCCCUAUGCACAGAGGAACCUUCAGAAUGAGGAUCUACGAGAGGGAGAACUUCAGCGGUCAGAUGAUGGAGCUGAUGGACGACUGUGAAUCUAUCCAGGAGCGUUUCCGCAUGUCCGACUGCCAGUCCUGCAACGUGAUGGAUGGCCACUGGCUCAUGUAUGAGCAGCCCCACUUCAGAGGCAGAAUGAUUUAUGUGAUGCCUGGCGAUCACAGGAGCUUCAGGGACAUGGGCACAACCAUGAAAAUCAGCUCUAUGAGACGCAUCAUGGAGUCUUGUUAAUUGAAGGAUGGGGGACCUCGAUCUGUUGUAUGGUUAUGGAAGUAAUCAUUUAAUUCCCAUGUAUAUUAUAUUAAAAUAAUUGGACCUACA